CUUAGGGUCCGCGAGACACGGGCACCGAAAAUGAAUCGCGAUUUGCUUCAAGUCACUCUCAUCAAGACAUAACUUUUGCGAAACUUUUCUGGCGCAACCAUUAAAGUGGAUACAUGAAGACUUCAUCACGGGAGUAAACUGUGUGAUUCCAAGAAGUACAAACCGUCUCCAUCUGCAUAUGUCUGCUCAGGGAGAGAAAGAGGGGGCUUUAUUGGAAAUUCUCUAACCCCCAGUGGGACGCUCUCUGCCCCCUUUCUCCAAAAGUUCCUCCAAGGAAAGCCGAGUUUGCUGGGAUCAAUUUAAGGCCACCUAUUGAUGCAGACAAGCGCAACACCGUGUACGAGGGCCUGAGGGUGCAGCAGCAGCGGCAGUGCUCUGAGUCCCAAUGCCAGUUGACAUGCAGCCACAUCAGGGGCUGUAUCACUAUGAGUCUGCUCCUAGCCAGCCCUCACGCGGCCUAGCUCCCUCAGGUAGAUCUGCGUAUGGUGACGUGGCCCCGCUCCGUGCCACCCCCCACAACGGCCAGCCCCCGGACAGCAGGGCCAUGUACAACCCCAUGACCCCAAACAUGACGGCCAACAUGACCCCCGGCUCCUGCAUGGACUCCUACAUGCGCCCCCCUCAUGCCCCCCCGCCACACAGCAUGCUGGGACACCGUGGGGGCAUGUCUGCCGCAGAAGGAGUGAGUGGCAGCCCGUACUGCAGCCAGGGGAACCUGAUGUCCCACCACAGCUUCUCCCACGGCCAGCCAGGCUCCGAGCUGCUGGGCUCUGCUGACGGCUCUCGAUUCUCCACUCCACGCUCCAUGCUGAAGUUGAGUAAGAAGCGCGCCCUGUCCAUCUCUCCGCUGUCGGACGCCAGCGUGGACCUGCAGACGGUCAUCCGCACGUCGCCCAACUCCCUGGUGGCCUUCGUCAACUCACGCUGCGGCCCCAACGGUGCCAGCUCCUACGGGCAUCUGUCCGUGGGUGCCAUGAGUCCGUCCAUGGGUUUCUCCGGUUCUAUGAGCUACCAGUCCCGGCCGCAGGGUUCCAUGUAUGGAGGGAACACUCCCCUAGGCCACCACCAAGGACCCUGCCACACACCUCCUCUCCGGUUACCACCUCACAACCCCAGGCUCCAUGCCCCUCCAAAGCAUGGUCAUAUGAAGACAGAGCCAGUGCUGGGCAGUGUGAUGGACAGCAUCAACAUGAAGAGUCUGGAGGAGCACUCGGAGGGAGACGUGGCCAGCCCGUCCUCAACAGGGACGCAGGAUCCUCUGCGUGGUCUUCUGGAGGGGCAUGAGGAUCUGGACAAGGAUGACGGCAAGCCAGAGCCCGAGGCCAUUUACGAGACCAACUGCCACUGGGAGAGCUGCAGCAAGGAGUUCGACACCCAGGAGCAGCUCGUGCAUCACAUAAAUAACGAGCACAUCCACGGUGAGAAGAAAGAGUUUGUGUGCCACUGGCUGGACUGCUCCCGGGAGCAGCGUCCCUUCAAGGCCCAGUACAUGCUGGUGGUGCACAUGCGCAGACACACCGGGGAGAAGCCACACAAGUGCACUUUUGAAGGUUGCAAUAAGGCGUACUCACGCCUAGAGAAUCUGAAGACUCACCUCCGCUCACACACUGGGGAAAAGCCCUAUGUGUGUGAGCACGAGGGCUGCAAUAAGGCCUUCUCCAACGCUUCCGACCGGGCCAAGCACCAAAACCGCACUCACUCAAAUGAGAAACCGUAUGUUUGUAAGAUCCCUGGGUGCAUCAAACGUUACACAGACCCCAGCUCUCUCCGCAAACACGUCAAAACAGUACAUGGUCCAGAGGCACACAUCACCAAGAAGCACCGCGGGGACACUGGCCCUCGACCUCCAGGAUCUGCCAUGACCCCUGGUGGUCAAGGUGGUGAAUUGCUCCAGGAGAAGGAGGAAACUCGCAGGGAGGACUGCAAACUCCUGGCCCCAGAGAAUGCCCUGAAGUCCCAGCCCAGUCCUGGCGGCCAGUCGUCCUGCAGCAGCGAGCGCUCUCCGCUGGGCAGCGCCAACAACAACGACAGUGGCGUGGAGAUGAACCUGAACGCGGCGGGCAGCCUGGAGGACCUGACCGCGCUGGAGGACGCAGCAGGGACCACAGGGGCCGGAGAGGCCAGCGGCGGGGCAGGCUCGGGGGGCAUGGGGAUGUCCGCUCAGGCCCUGAAGAGGCUGGAGAACCUGAAGAUCGACAAGCUGAAGCAGAUCCGUCGGCCAACACCCCCUGGACGAGGCGUGGGCAACAGUAAGCUGCCCACUCUCAAUGCAUCUGGUGGGGACGUGAUGGGGAUGUGUGCCCCGUCUCCAGUUCUGUCUAACCGGCGUGUGAUGGAGCUGUCCAAUCAUGAGGUGGGUGCCGGGGGAGCUGGGGGCAUGCCGUGCCCAGCCAACGACCGCCGCGGAAGUGGCACCAGCAGCCUGAGUUCCGCCUACACGGUCAGCCGGCGCUCCUCGCUGGUGUCUCCGUACCUGUCCAGCCGACGCUCCAGCGAGGCGUCCCAGGUGGGUGCGGGCGCGCCGGCCCACUCUCAAGGCAUGAUGGGUCAGGAGUCGGGGGGCGACCCGCUGUCCCCCGAGAUGAACCGCAGGGCUGUGUCGUGCCAGGGGUCGGGAGGUCUGCCGGGCUUGCCCAGCCUCACCCCUGCCCAGCAGUACAACCUGAAGGCCAAGUAUGCCGCCGCCACUGGGGGGCCUCCACCCACCCCUCUGGCCAACAUGGAGCAGCCGGGCACCCCUGGCCGGAGAGUGGGCUUCAUGAGCGAGUACCACUGCCAGCCUCUGCCACCUUAUCUCCAGCAAGGGGCUGGGCGCAGGCACAGUGCCAACACCGAGUACGGCACGGGGGUGAUGUAUCCCCACCAGGCGCCGGGCAACGCCACCAGGCGAGCCAGCGACCCGGUCCGCUCGGGCGCGGCCGAUGCCCAGGGCCUUCCCAAGGUGCAGCGCUUCAGCAGCCUCACCAACGUGUCCAUGAUGAGCCGGCGGAACGCCAGCGUCAACCUGAUGCACUGCGGCUCCGACGCCAACAUCGCCCGGCACAUGUACUCGCCGCGGCCGCCCAGCAUCACCGAGAACGUCAUGAUGGAGGCGCUGGCCAUGGAGCCGCACGGCGGGGGCAGCGGAGAGCCGCGGGACCACGGCAUGAUGAUGGGCCAGGGCCACAUGGGCUACCAGCAGCACCACCACCACGGCCCCAACAGCCAGCUGUCCCCUGGCGCAGAGAGCAUGGGCUGCCCCGACCUGGCGUACCAGUCCGGCCAGGCGGGCAUGCAGGGCCACUACGGAGGCCAGAUGGGGCAGGUGGACAUGUCCAACAGUUUGCUGCAGCAGGCAGAGUAUGGCAUGAGCACCUGCCAGCUCAGCCCCUCGGGGCCCAGUUACCCCAGCCUAGGGCAGGGAAGUGGCGGAGAGGGCAUAGGUGGGCCGUGGGGCGGCGAUGGCACCCAGGUGCAGGCAGGGAUGCAGUUCCAGGAUCAGGGCAUGCAGGGCUCGCACUACCCUCAGCAGGCCGUGUACGGCGGCACGGACGUCUGCCACCAGAAGGUCACCAUCAAGCCCGAGCAGCAGUUCCACCCGUCCAUGUCCACCCACAGCGCCUGCCAGAACGCCAAGCCCUUGCUCGCCCAGCGCCAGCUCUCCCAGCCGGGCGCCAUGCCCCUCUCCCCCCAGGCCUACGCUCAGCAGCACCCGGCCGCCCAGGGCGUGAUGGCCAGACCCUCCGCCGUCAGCUGUGACUUCCAGGGCCCGAUGGAGACCCAGCAGCAGCAGCAGCAGCAGCAGCAGGGAUCCUUCCCUGCCAGAGGGGCCGUGAGCCUGGGUUGCGCGGGCUCCUCUCUGGCCGAGGCCCGGAGGUCCCAGACGCCCAUGCUGCAGGUGAAGGAGAUGAUGGUGCGCAACUACGUGCAGUCGCAGCAGGCGCUCAUGUGGGAGCAGCAGAUGGAGCAGCAGCAGAAGGCAGGCGGCGUCGGUGUCGCCGACAGCAUGGACGUGAGUGGACAGCAUAACUCCAUGAUGCAGCAGCAGCAGCAGCAGCAGCAGCAGCAGGCUCACAACAUGUACCCUGCCGCUAAUUACCCAGCGUACCCCAACCAGAACCUCAUGAGCCCCCCCGCCGGCGGCAGCUCCGUGCCCCCCAAGGAGCAGAUGGUGGGCCUGGCGGGUUCCUGCUACGGCCAGGACAUCGUGCCCAGGCCACCACAGAGUCGGAAGCCCCUGAGCCGCCAGAACAGCCUCUCCCAGCAGAGUGGGGCGUACCUGGGCAGCCCGCCUCACCUCAGCCCCAGGGCCCAUGCCGCGGCCAGCCCUCGGAGAGCGGUCCGACUCCCGCCGGUCCAGACCCAGCAGCAGCCGCAGCAGCUUCCUGACAACUUCCCUGGCCACAACAACAACAACAACGGCCCCAUGUACUACUCCGGCCAGAUACACAUGCACCACGACAUGGAGAAGCCGCUGUCCCACCCCAGCACCCAGGCCGGCUCCUGCCUCAACCAGAUGGGGGCCGUGGUGGACCCAGGGUCCAAACCUCUGGGCUACGCCGAGACAGGGCCCAUCUCCAACACGCUGGAAAACCUCGACCUGGAGAACGCCCAGAUUGACUUUGCCUCCAUCAUCGACGACCAGGACCCUUCGUCCUACAGCCCCAUCAACCCUCCGCUGUCCUCGUCGCAGGCCUCGUCCCGUCUGACCACCCCCCAGACCUCGAUCCCGCAGCCUUCCGGCCUGUCCAACAUGGCCGUGGGCGACAUGACGACCAUGCUGACUUCCCUCGCCGGGGAAAACAAAUACCUGAACACACUAUCGUAGAGAGAAAGAGAGAGAGAGAGGAAGAGAGAGAGAGAGGAAGAGAGAGAGAGGAAGAGAGGCAGAGGAAGAGAGACAGAGGAAGAGAGAGAGAGAGGAAGAGAGAGAGAGAGGAAGAGAGGCAGAGGAAGAGAGGCAGAGACUUGCUGUCCCUUUGCCCUCCCACACACUUGUGCUUGGCCCCUGCGUGAGCUCACAGACUCAAGGACUGACUACAGUCAGUGGCCUUCAGACGAAACCAAAGGUGCCUAUCUAUCUAUCUGUCUGUCUGUCUCGCUCCCCGAGAAGAAGACAGCACUGCUUGCGCUCUCCAGGAAGAUGACCUUCUGUUUGUUUCCUCUGUUUUUGUUUGUUUGUUUGUUUGUUUUGUUUUUGUUCCAUUUUGUUUGAAAGUGAAUUCCAGAACUUUUUUUUUUUCCAUCGGGUGUCACCCUAAACCUGGGGCAUUCCAGAGACAGAUAGCAGGAAAAGCAACAGUGAUGCUGACAACAAUGUGAGCAGUGUAAAUAGCCUAAACAUUUAUAUAUGCAUUUUAUAUGACGAUGUUGAUUGAGAACAAGUCAACAGCUUCAGCUAAUGCCCCUCCGAGCGUGGAGGCAAACCUUGAAAGAGUGUAAACUCUAUCUUAGGAGUGUCUUUAUUGACUGAAAACUGUACAAUCCCAGGGAAAUAUUUUGCGGAACAGUCACAAAUAGCAGUAUUGUAGAACAUGAUGAUAUCAUCACAGUAUUCAGAUAAAAAUACACAGGCCAGCAACACUCUCCACAUAAUGACUGAGAAAUGUGUGAGAGAGCCUUUAGACUCAGACACAAACACCAGAUGCAUAUGCAUAAUGACUUGCCAUAAUGUGUCUUCGCUUUAUUCUAGUUACUGACUUGUGGUUCCGUUUAGGUCAUUGGAGGUAUUGGCAGGAUGGGCGGAUCGGUAAAACAAAGACGUGGAUGUAGAGGAGGACAGAAUGUGCCUAGUCCUCGAUCCACCCUCUGAGCAAGUGAGCGCAGUAUUUCAGGCUGAAACGAUCUGCUCAGCAGACCGUCCAGCCUACGGGCAUUUUUUUUUUUAACAUUUUUUGCUGAGAGGUCUUUUCUUAAUAUGAAACAGAAACGCUUAUUUCGCAGGCAUAGUCAUGCAGUUUCUUUUAUUACAAAAAAGUCACAUUAUGGUACUAUUGUUAAGCCCCUGUAGAUUUCUGCCAAGCUCAGUCAGGCGGUCCGGUCUCCUGACGAGACUCUCGCGCACCAGCAAAGCUCACGUCAUGCUAUUGCACUGAUCGCAGCACUGAGUGACCAGAACUUAGCUUUUGACAUCUGAAACAUACACAUAGGUGUGUUGCCGCUACACUGUAAGAGUUCCCCAUUCUGACAAUGCUGGUGUUCACGUGUUUUUUUGGGGGGUAAACAGGUUUAAAUCUGUUCAGGAGAUGGAGUUCUAGGUGGCUGUGUUUGCGCUUUGUUAGUAAAUCCAGCCCAGUUCAGUACUGUGGAGGGCCCUGUCAUCUGACCUGGCAAAGGGGCAUACUAAGAACACUGAGCAGUCUCUCCCUCUCACUGUGUAUGGCAUACCAAAGAUAUUUUAGAGUGGAUUAUAUUUGAACAAAACUGUGUGCAACGACGUCUGCCUCGAAAAGAGUCGUCUCAGACACAGCAAUAAAUAUUGUGAUCAUGGGUUGAUAGUGCUGUCACAUAGAAUGUAAUGUUUUGUGUACAGGCAAAAUAACAUUUCCUUUUUGUUUGUCAACAACAAUAACAAGUACCCUUAUGGA